AUGGAGAAUGUCCUCAGUGUCGCCGCUGGGGACAAGAGCGCAACGGUGUUCAGCAGUGAAGAACUCCGCGACUUUCUGCGCGUUGUGAGGAAAAAGGACGGGCUUGUCAGCCUAAGGGGGUCGGUACUGAUGGAGAAAAUCAUCCUUCCGUCUUCAUUGGAACCGCAAACAGCAGACGAGUCCUCUUCGUCGUUCCGCGUCACUGUCGACCCGACAAGCGCCAAGCACUGGCAGCUUCAGCUCUUACGGUUUCCGACGAGCAGCGGCAGCCGGGCGGCGGACGUGCACACUAGCCACACGCUGGGGACGCGGUUCGCGCAAAACUUGAAGAUCGUGAUGGAUCGCUUGGACGAGGAGGAAACCGGACGCGGGGGCGAAAUGCGCCGGCAGCGGGAGAGGCGGCGCAACUACGUGCGGCAAAGUCUCCAGAAAUUUGUGCUGGACAACGCGAAGUUGACGACCGAAACGGUGCCUUCCUUCCUCUACUUCGACCGCAACACGAUGCCGGUUUCGCCGCUGGCCGCGAUGCCCAUCACGGUGCCCCAGUUUCUGAAACUGCGCACGGAGUGCGUGCCGCAAACCGACGAAGAUCGAGCGUUGUUGCAGUUAGCUUGUCGUGUCGCCGAGAAGCUCGCAGCGAAGGAGCGCAUGCGGCGCUACGUGAGGAAUGAGAAAGCGUUCAUGGCGCCAGCUUCGGCGAGCGCAACAACGGUGAUGUCACCUGAUUCACCGGCGUCUCCGGCGGGGAUGAACGGAUCGUCGUCUUUCCCGAUGUUGAACACCAGGCAACAAGAAAGCGACGCCAUCGCUUUUCCGGACUUCGAUGAAGUUUCGUCGGAAGAAGGAGACCGGUGGUUCGAAGCGGAAGUGAACAAACCGGUGGAAGUGCCGGCCGAGAAACUUGCCAAAUUUGUUGAGGACGGCACGACGAACAACUACGUGGCGCAGGUGCGGCUAAAAUUGGAGAUGGCCGCCCGAAUCCUGGCGCAAGAAAUCGUCCUCCGCGGUGAGUAUCCGCUUGUCAUGGAACCGCUCGUGGAGGACUUGCGCCUGUUCGAGCACGUGGAACACCGCGUGGCUGAAAUGGAAAUGACCACCGUCCCUCUAGAGCGAGCGAUUGCCGCGCAGUCACUGCCGGACUUGGAGAAGGCGAUCGGCACGUUUCCGCCGCCCAAGAAAACACAGCUCCGCAGCUCCCUCCCCGCGGGGACACUGGAAUUGCUGGCGAAGGCAGAAUCUUUACGGAACUCCCUCGCUUUGAAGAGGAAGCUGCGCGGCCCGGCGGGGAAGACGCCGGAAGAUGACAAAAAGAGUAAAUCACCGGGGAAAAUAAAAAUAAACAAGCAGCAAGUGAUCCAAGGCUCAUCUUCGUCUCCUACGAAGUUGCCCCCCUCGUUCAUUCCCGUAUUUGCCGGUGCGGGGCCGGAUCAGGCCUCGGGCUUGCAACCCUUUGAGGAGUUGGACAAGAAGUCGCUGCAGCAGCUGCGUAACGAGCACACCCGGUACCGGUCCAGCGAGUUCGACAUCUCCUCCCGGGUCGAGAACAGCCGUGAACUAGCCGCGAGCGGCGUGCGCGACGCGCCGUUCGAGGAAAAUGAGUUUUUGACCGAGCUGCAAAACGACGAGCUGCUACCGAUUCUCGGUAGCAGCUCGCUAGCUGCCUCUCCGGUUAGCCCGAAGGUGGCGAAGGCCCGCAUCGCAGACUUUUUUCACCAGCGUGACGCAGACGCACUGGAAGACCUGCGCAACAACAAAAACUUUUCCAUCGAGUCGCGGGUUGAGGCGGAGCACCUGAGUGCCGUGUUGACAGCGACGAGCCGCGCGCUCAAAGUGAAGUAUGUGAAGGACAUCGCUUCGCAGGACGAAAUACUUCUGGAGAAAACCAAGGCGGAGAAGAACGUGGCGCCGGAAGUCGUGGCGUUUUGUGACCGCGGACUGCGCCACAUUUUUGCGAUCAAAAAGCGGGAAGAGACCAGUCAGAAACUGAAGGACUUCGGCGCCGUGCGGAAGCUCUACCAGGCUCGUAGCCUGGAGCUUGCAGGCACAACGUCCAAGCUCGGGGCCGCAGGAAUGAGCGCAAGUUCUUCUACUAGCAGAAGUAGGCCGCCAAACACGUCUAACGAACGAGCCGACGCGUUCACGAAGUUGGAAAACGAAAAGUUGCAGGAUUUGCGCACGUACUUGCGCGACCUCCGACGGACACUCAACCGCAACUCCGCAUCGGGGUCAAAUCUCGCAGCUAUGGGUGGUGGAACAACUUCUGCAGGAUCACCAGCAGGGGGAACCCCCUUCAGCCCCAUCGAGGGGACGGCAAGUUUGCAGCGCAGUGUUUCAUCGUCCGCGGGAUCGGAGAAGUCCUUGGAGGAAGAAAAAACUGUACGGCAAGCGGAGCAGGCUCUGUUGCAAAAGGUCAUCGACACGGAGGCACAACUGGCUAGUUAUGCCAAGCACACACUGAGCUUGACGGCGAUCCUCCAAGACGUGCGGGACAAAUCGAAAACGAACGACGCAAAAGAGUUGGAGAAGAUUCUACACCGACUUGAGCGACAAGUGGUUUUGUGCAACGAGACAAGGUUCUUCCGCUCGGACAGCGAGAAUUUUGACCUUCCGGAGGUGGCCGAAGGGCCAAAAGUCGCAACGCGGCCAGGGUUGAAGGGCAAAAUGAUGAAUAAGGGUCCUCGUGAUGUAGAUGUCCCCUCGACAGGGGCGCUCGCUGGGCCAGGGGAAUUGCAGAUAGAUGAGGACGAGAGGAUGUUUUCUUUGGAUCAGGAGAAUGCAAGCGAUGGGGAAAAUGAGAACAGCAGCAAGGCGCCUUCUCCGGGGGAAGUCAUGGACUUGAUGAGCAGCAUGAAUUUGCUCGACACUGCGCGGUCUUCACCCAUUGGUGCAGAGAGUAAGAAGUUGCAAGAAGGCCAGCACCAGGCAAUGCUAGAAGAAGACUUGUUCCGGAGCGGGAGCAGUAACACUACGAGCAACUUCGAAAACCUGCACGGGCAUCUGCUGUCACCGCAGUCAGAAGAAGCAUGGGGUGUACUGGAGCAAACCGACCAUCCGCUCCUGCUGGAAGCCAAAGACGCGGUCGUUUUACUCCGGCAGAAAAUCAACUUUGUCUCUUUGAUGCUGCGCGGAGACAGUGCGCGUGUACAGGCGCUGGUGGACCAGAUAGAAGAGAAUGCGAACAACGAGGCCAAUCGUGAUGCUGGCGCAAAGAAAACUUCUGUUGCUGCGUCCUCACCAGCAGACAAACAUACGCUUUCUUCGCAAAGCAGUCUGGCCAUCGGUCUUGCUGUUGAAGAUAUGGAGCGCGCGAAGAGCUUCCUGGAGAAGGAAAAGGUCGCUAAACAGACAAAAAAUCUGGACCAGCAGGUAAUGCGCAGGCUGGAAAACGCUAUGGCGACACAGGAUGCGUCGUUGGUCACAGCACUGAUUGCAAGCCAGAAGUUGAAGCCGGUCGAUUUACUUGUUGCGAAUAAUUUUCUUCGCAAACACGAGGAGUCCUGUGCGCACCUGCUCAGUUCCGUGGAAGCGACAAAGAGAGAACUAGACCUGCAGAAUGGAAAUAUUGUGUCCCGAGAGGUUUUGCUGAAGCACGCAAGGGCGCUGGGAGAGUACCGGAAAAUGGCGGCCCAGCUUGGGCUAGAAGACGGCGGUGCUCUUCAUGCUGUAAACCACGAACACGGGAGCAGUCCAGAGAACAGCGAAGUGGAUGCGCUUCUCGGUAUACCGCCUUCGGAUCAACGGGUUCCGGUUUUUGCCGAAGGAAAAGUGAAGCUGGCGACCCUGUUGGAUGCCUGCGAACUUUCGAUCGCGGAAUUGGAGCAGGAACGACUGGAAGCAGCCGCGGCUGCCGAAGAGCAGCAGCGCUUUGCUGCGAUGGCGAAAUCCGACGAAGAGGACGCAGCGGUGCCACCCCCGGAUGCUGUAGACGCAGGCGGACCGCCGGCCGCCCCGUCCGCGGCAGAACAGCUGCAGCACUCUAGUCGGGCUUCCGCUCCUGCGGUUGCGCCUUUUGAGAAGGCAGACGUUUCUGCAGACACAGAGGAGGAGCAGGCAAGAUUGCAAGGGCCACCAAUAGGCCCGUCAGGGUCCUCUCCUGGCAUGGGUGGCAGUCUCGUUUCCGACGGAAGCCUCUUCGACCUUUCCCCCGUCGCGCAGGCAUCCGCUCGAGCCGCACGCGCCGCAUCGGUCGGAGCGAAGCAAGAAGUUCUGGUCGGGUCUACUAGCGCAACUACGCAGGACGUCGUCGACAAGCCCGAAAUAGAAGUUGCUGUCAGCCCGCCCAAGCCAACGACGCCCGCUUCUGUGGGUCGGGACUUCAUCGCCGCGGAUAAGGAUCUUCCGGGUGGUCCUCGUCCUCGGGACGUCAUCGCGGAUGACCUAGGACUCACCGACAGCCCCGAUUCGCCUCCGCAUGACCUCGAGGCCGUGCCCUACCAAGCGGUAGAAGACCAGGACCAAGAACCGCUUUCCUCCCCACGGUCUACCCUCGAGCAGGUGAUUCUCUUUCUGGCCCAACGCGAUCCCAAUGACAGGGCGGGGCUGGAAGCCGCGACCCGGAAGUACGAGAGUCUUCCGCGGUCGAUGCAAGUGCUGGACGCGGACCUGGAACGCAUAAAGAAGGAGUCUAUCUCUAUCACCCCGAGGUGGAAAGUUGGUGGAAAUAAAGGUCUUCUUGGUCCUCGUGGUGCAGCAAUGACCGUCGGCGGCGCAAGAGGAGUUGUACCGUCAGCGGCCGUAUCCUGUGCAAAUGUGCCUAGGGGGUAGGAAAAUCCAAAAUUCUUAGGCUGAUAAAAAUACAGCUUUUUUUGCAUUUCUGACAUUUGUGUUGCGAAAAAUAGUGCGCAUUUGCGCACUCCGAAUGUGUGCGUUAUGUUGCACUUUUUGACACGACUUUCGCGACACUCGUGUCGCACUUUUUGACGUCGACGGUCACGCGGAUGAAGACGAUCACGCGGAUGCAUCAGGAGGUCGUGACUUCUGGUGCUGGUGCGAGGAGCCCACCUGCAAUUGCUGCACAAAACGCUCGAACGCCCGGCCGCGACUAGCACGCGGAGGUCGCGAAGUUGACGCUGAUCACGAUCAUGCUGACGGCCGCUGCAGCUGCUUUUUUUGAUUAAAGUAUAAGCCAACUACACCUGUAGGAUAACGAUAAACGACGAUGAUGCUAAAUACAACACACUACCAGACCAAGAAGAGCAGUCACUUAUUUAUUUAAGCAGACCGACGGGCUGCUAGCUAGCCAACUAGCUAGGGAGCUAGCUAUCGGACGAAGGCCUUUGUAUGUAGCUACUACCUAUUAUAUCGGUCCGCAAACUUAUUGUCGGUGAGACUAGUAGCUACGUUCUUUAUAUUUAGUAGGUGCGUCAGCUGCUCCUAUUGCUACAACUACACUUUCUGCUGGCGCGCACGAUCUAGAAUGAAUAGAAGCGCAAGGGUCGUCAGUAGCAUAUAGGCAGAGAUAGACUCCAGCCACCUGUGAUCUAGCUCAAUAAAAUUCCGAAUGCAGUUGUAGUGCAAAACAAGAAGUAGAAGAACAAGAAGACGCGCCAUUAUUUCGGGCAUGAAGAAGAGAUCAUCCACACGCCCAGUUCUUCACUAUCCUCGUUUCGGGCACCAGGUGGUGCCCGGAACGAAGAUAGUGAAGCACUUGGCGCGUGGAUGAUCUCUUCUUUUGCUAUUAUUUGCAGCUGUAGCUGGCACUGCAGCAAUGACAUCCAGCAGCUAUCAAGGAGGUCGGUUCUCAGAUCUGUCAUCGAAAUAAUGCUGGAAAUGCUGCAGAUAAUUCUAUUAGUAGAUCGCGCUGACCUAUCGCUACGUAAAAGAAAUCGAUAGUGACUAUAGUAAUUUAAUUAGCUAGAUCAUCAGCAUGCUAUCUAGUCUUAAUUAUAAGGACCCUUGCGCUUCUUAGUAGACGUAUAAUAGCUUCGAGCAGGUAGAUGAGGAGGAGUCUUGUUCUUACCUUCGGCACCAGCUUCGGCACCAGCUUCGGCACCAGCUUCGGCACCAGCUUCGGCACCAGCUUCGGCACCACCUUCGCCACCAACUUCACCACCAACAUCAACACCGGCUUUUUUGCACCUUCUUCAUAACAUUUUUUUUGUUUACCCUACCCCCUAGGCACAUUUGCACAGGAUAGGCCGAUGCACAGGAGAUGCAGGUACAGGACGUGGUCCUAGGUGCAGGUGUGAAGAAACCUGAAGGUGGUCCAUCUGCCGAAGUAGAAGCUGCAGACCAAGCUUCCUCUUCCUCAUCGAGUGCCACCACUUCGGAGGAAGAGAAUCAACAGCAGCAAAGCAGCCAAUCGGAUGAGGCCGGAGGAGGUCGUCCCUCAGGCGGCCAGCCGUCUGCUACUGCUGAACAAACAUCGAGCUCCUCCGCUGCCGAUGGGGAGAGCAUCGCAGCUUCAGAGGUCUGGGCCAAGAACAACAGCAAGGCAAAUGCGAUCGAGAACAAAGUAGAAAAAGAAAAUAACGGUAUGAGCAAAAUCAGCGCAGAUGAAACGACUAGUCGGCAAGAUAUCAACACGCCGGGAGCUGCGUUCCCGUCGUCUCCAACGGAGCAUGUUCCUCUGUUGCGUUCUCCGGGGGAACAAAACGCCGCUGCUCGAGAAGUACGAGUAGAUGAGGAGGACAGCGCGAGCUUCAGCAGUCCGGACGCGUCGUCUCCUGGGCGAGAUGAUGCUGCUGCUGCUUCACCCGCCGGCGCUCCCAGAGGAGGUGUAGUCGAAGUUACAGCAGCGGAAGUGCUUCCAGCUUCCCAGGAGGAGAUUGCAGCUGCAACUGAAAGAGAUAAGCAAGCUGCGGUGGAUGUGCUGCAGCAGUCUAUUCCUUCCAUGGGCGGGCGGUCCUUCAGUCACGCCUCGUCUGUAGUGCGUGCGGACGCUGAGGACGCCCGGAUUCUGAACGGUGUGCAGGGGGAGGACAAACAAGCGGUGGGGUCCGUGCUGGCGUCUCUCCGGGAUUCGUGCAAGCAGCAGGACCCGGACCAGCUCCGGAAGUCGCUGCAGACCAUGCAAUCGCUGCCGGAAGCCGUUCUCACGGAGAUUCCGGAAGACCGGAAAACCAACUACAAGAAAAAGCUACGCCGGUUCGAGGCGGUAGAGUCCUUAAGAUACAGCAUGCAGCAGGAGAAUGUGCACAUUAUCGCCUUGCAAACCGCGAUCUUAAUGGCGGAGCGCACCGCGGUAGAGAAAGAAGAGCUGGACAAGGCAAAGAAAGUGCUGGAACUUGCAAAAGCUGUGAAAGACGAAAACUCGGCGAACAUCCGCAAAUGUCUGGACAAAGGUAGUGAAAGAACUCCGUAUAAGACUUUUACGUCUGGCGUCCUGAUGUCUGAUGUCUUAUCCACCUCUCGUACGGUAGAUCUACGCGUCAAUUACAUACAGUAGGUAAGGCUGCUCUUCGAUCGCACCACGGAUUAACAAGAUGAGGUCACUCAAAGCAAACUAUGUAGGAAUUAUAGUUCCACCAAGUCUCACACUCACUUCUCAGGGCCGUGCUCCAAUCCGCACCUCAUCGCGCAGGCGGAAGCGGUGCUUGCCAGAGUGCCAACACCGGCACCCUCGCCGCAAGGCACAGAGCAAGCGACCGCGCGGCCCGCGACCACCGCGGCAGAGGUUGCACCACCAACCGUCGAUGCAGACCAGGAGGAGAAUUUGGCGUCUGCUUCGGAGGAUGCCGAACAAACAGAAACACUAGAAGACAACACGCCCAUUUCGCAAGCAAAUGAGGCAGGCGAGCAUUUGGUAUCGAUGCAGUUUUUUGCUUUCUCCAAGGUUUUUGAUUUUGUGUGACCAAACAUGAACGAGAUUAGAAAUUAGCACAUGCACCUCGACAACGCUCAAGAGAAAUACAAAGUAGCCGGGGUUCUACUAGGCUGGAUUACGAUGGUUAUCCUGAGGAGUAAAUGGUCUGGAAAAAAUACAAAAAAAAAUGUUUUUUGCCGCAGUCGCGUUUUUAGCAGAGCAAUUCUGACCACCCCUCCUUUCAUUCGUUUGACAGAUACAAUGGGAGUUUUAGCGUUUAUGUUCCUGGUGUCGACGUUCCCGCUUGGGCAACUCCACCAGUCGAACAGAGUAGGCCGGUAGGGUCACUGAUGGUAAACGCAUGAUCGUAGGACGAAGUAUCGAUGACUCUGUAAUCCCUAUGGAUGACAUGUAGUCUAGAAUCUGAAUCUAAACGAUCACUCUCCAAGGCUGCGGCGCCGGCGCCAACUAUCGGGACCAGGAUGCAGCUGCGAUAGGCAACUAUCAGACGCCACACUCCCAGUAGACUGCGAGUCUGCAACUUUUUCGUAUUCUCAUAAAACUAGUACAAGGGGGCGGGGGGAUCGAGUAGUUUUAUCCUACAAGUCAAACAACAUGAUUAUCGCUAGGUAUGGGAAUGUCCCACGUGCAGCUUCCACAAUCUGCACCUCCUCGCGACCUGUGACAUGUGCGGGCAGCGUCGACCGUUCGGGACGGAGUUGCGCAGGGCAAACUUGGGCGUACUGACUGUGCUUUUCUAUUUAAGGACUGACUUUUCUCGAUGGAGAUCAUUUAGUUCUGUUGCUUGUUUCUUCAUCCUGGCUCCCGGUUUUAUAUCAAAAUGGGACGAAAAAUGAAAAUCAAAACCGUUUUACUAGCUUGCGGAAGAAUGGAGCGGUGCUCAAGAGCAGGAACAGCAGCAGGAUCACCGCGGAGCAGCGCGUGCGCGUUCCCCCGUACCACCUCCGCAGCACCUCAUUUGCCCCAUGUGCGGCACGCGCAAUCCUCCCACGGUUGACAAUUGCCAGGCCUGCACCUUUUCGCUGGCGGAGCAGCGAGCUGCUUUGCACGCACAGCAGGUGGCGAGUAGCAGGUAUCUUACAGACGAGUUUUCUUUGUUGUGCGUCAUAAAUAUCGUUGACACAGUCAGACUUGGAGAUUAUCUUCAUGCAAGGUGUUUAUUGUAAUGUGCCCCAUCGAAUAUCGAAAAAUGAUAAACACCAGCUCUGCCCGGCCGCCCCAACCACCGCAGCAAAUCCGGGGCCCCGGCGGCGGCAGCUACCCCGUUAUGGCGCGACCAGUUCCGGGACACGAACCGCCGCCGUUCCGUCCGCACCAAACCGUGGUGGCUAAAAUGAAGAUGAAGUGGAACAAGAGACUCACGCAAAUGAACCCCAAGCAGACUGGGAGUGCCUUCAAAGUCGAGCGUGGCAACACGGGGAUCGUCGUCAGUCUGCACCCGCUGCGAGUGAGAUGGGAGCUGGGCGGGGGGAAAGUUUCUCCCCCCGGCUUGGUGUCGGUGGAGCAGGUAGAGGACGCGGCCACGUCGGAAAUUACCCAGCUGAUGUCAACUCCGGCACCGAAAAGAAAAAGCUUACUGGCGAAGCUUUUUGCAUCCGCGAAGUAGGACAGAGAUAUGUUUAUGUUGAGUAACGUCCGAGUUGUGUGUAGACGUACUAGGGUGGCAAUGGGUGUUGAAAAGCAAUCAAGGAGCAGCAAGAACUCUGUCACUCAUUUUCCAACUGGAUUCACCUUGAAAGAGAAAGCUCACUAGAUAUGCAGAAACAGAAAUAGAAAGCAGGAGAAAGAUUUGAGAUUCAUCAACUAGAGAUUUCUAAGAGCAAUAGAAAGCUCGCAACAACACAAAAUUCCAAUUCUAAAUCUAAAAGCGACAUAAAGAAGAGAAGAAUGGUGAGGAAGAAGAUUCGAGAUUACUUUUCCAGUGUCACGAUUGGGCCAUCGAGCCGGGCAGCGCGCACCUUUACUUUCAAAAAUGCACAACUUUUUUCGAACAAGAAAUGCCUGUACGAAUGAAAAUUAUUGAUGAACCUUUACGCGCUUCCAGAAUGAACCUUCUCUUGCAUCCCAUCUAUGAAACGCUAGCAUCCUUGCUGGUGGGUGCUUCUACCUUAUGAAAACCAAACGUAUACGUAGGUACAUCAGAAGUUGUACGUUUCACUGCUUCGUGUGGAGUUUUACCCUCGACCGAAU